AGAAACAAUUGUUAAAAGUAUUUUUGUGAUUUGUUGCCUUACUUAUCUUUUUAAUUUCGUAAAUAAACACGCGAAUGCCGUCGUAAUACGAUACACCAAAUUCGUAGACUUUCUACUGCCAGAGUAAACUCUAAUCCGCCAAUCAGAAGACGAGUUCUUGAUAAGGUAGUGCUGUAUAUAGAACUGUAUUGAAAAAGGCGGGCUUCGAUCAGCUGCGACAGCAUGCAACAGGCAGACGUGUGGUGACAGUUCGCGCAUGUUUAUUUGUUGCUUUGAAAAUUUUCUCAAUGCGAUUAUUAAUAUUUAUCUGAUAGACAUCGAAGAAAUAUCAUUUCGUUCAGUAUCUUCGAAAUGGAAACUUUGCAAAAUACCGGUGCUUUCCGUCCACCUAAGGCGGUUAACAAAAGAAAUCCGAAUCAAGAGACUAGUACCUCGGGAGAAAAUGCAUUGGGAAAAUUGCUCGAGAUCAAGGAAGAUAUCAGAAUCGAUACUGUAUACGGAUUUCGUCGAGUCACUGACUCGAGAGAAAGGAUAGGAUUUUUGCUUAAUAUGCACGCGACGGAGAUCGUAGAGGAUGAUAAACAUAUGUUGAGUGGUGUGGAUUAUUACUUCAUCGAGGAAGACUCUACCAGGUUUAAAGUGUCAUUGCCAUUUUCACCAUAUUUUUACAUUUUAUGUCGUAAAGAUACAUUUGAAGAAGUGUCGACAUUUUUAUUUAAGAAGUACACAGGAAUUUUGACGAAAAUUGAAACUAUUUAUAAAGAAGAUCUUGAUUUGCCUAAUCACUUGAUUGGUUUGAAACAAAAAUACUUGAAGCUUUCCUUCGCGAAUAUUAUUGAUUUAACGAAAGUUAAACGCGACAUUAUGCGCUUUGUUAGAGUUAACAAAGAGCGAGAGAAAAGUAAUACUUACUACACAGACAUGCUAGCGACUACUUUACAACCAAACGAACAACAGGACAGUGGUAAACAAAUUUUAGAUCACAUGGAUAAUAUUCUUGAUAUUAGGGAACAUGAUGUACCUCAUCAUGUCCGAGUAUCUAUAGAUGCUAAUAUCUUCUGUGGAAUUUGGUACUCUGUAAAGAGCAGAGGAAGUGAACCACCUAUAAUCAUGCGAAAGGAGGACAUGAUUGAACCACCUGAACCUAUUGUAUUAGCAUACGAUAUUGAAACUACAAAGCUGCCAUUGAAGUUUCCAGAUGCCAGUAUCGAUCAGAUUAUGAUGAUAUCAUAUAUGAUAGAUGGGCAGGGAUACUUAAUAACGAAUAGAGAACUAAUCUCUGCAGACAUACAAGAUUUUGAAUAUACACCAAAACCGGAAUUUGAAGGUCCCUUUACAAUAUUCAAUGAGCCUAAUGAGAAAGCAGCUAUAACAAAAUUUUUUGAUCAUAUUAAUGAAAUAAGACCGCAUAUAUUUGUAACAUACAAUGGUGAUUUUUUCGACUGGCCAUUUGUUGAAGCUCGAGCUGCUGUGCAUAAUAUGGAUAUGAAAGAGAAAAUUGGCUUUUAUAAAAAUCGCGAAGGUGUUUACGUUAGUAGAGCUGCUAUGCACAUGGAUUGUUUAUGUUGGGUGAGACGUGAUUCUUAUCUCCCAGUGGGUUCUCAAAAUUUAAAAGCUGUCGCUAAAGCUAAGUUGAGAUAUGAUCCAGUGGAACUUGAUCCAGAAGAUAUGUGCAGAUUAGCAUCGGAAGAACCUGAAAUACUCGCAAACUAUUCUGUUUCUGAUGCUGUGGCGACAUUUUAUCUCUAUCAAAAAUAUAUUCAUCCCUUCAUAUUUGCGUUAUGCACUAUUAUUCCCAUGGAACCUGAUGAAGUGCUCAGAAAAGGAUCUGGUACACUUUGUGAAUCACUUCUUAUGGUACAAGCUUUUCAAGCUAAUAUUAUAUUUCCUAAUAAACAAGAAACUGAAUUAAAUAAAUUGACAAAAGAUGGCCAUUUACUGGACCAAGAAACCUAUGUAGGUGGACACGUAGAAGCCUUGGAAUCUGGUGUUUUUAGAGCCGACAUUCCUUGCCGUUUUAAAAUUGUACCUAGCGCUGUAGACGAGUUAAUUGGUGGUGUAGAAAAAGCCUUAAAACACACAAUACAAGAAGAAGAAAAAGUACCAAUCGACAUGGUUACGAAUUUUAAUGAAAUAGUAAAUGAAAUUAAGGGAAAAUUGAAAGAACUUAAAGAUCAACCUUUAAGAUUAGAAAAUCCUGUAAUUUAUCACUUAGACGUAGGCGCUAUGUAUCCCAAUAUAAUUUUAACUAACAGAUUGCAACCUUCCGCGAUAGUAAAUGAAACGGAUUGUGCAGUGUGUGAUUAUAACAAACCUAACGCUCUUUGCCAAAGAAAGAUGAAAUGGAUGUGGCGAGGCGAAUAUUUGGCUGCAAGUUUGGGGGAAUAUCAAAGAGUAAAACAGCAAUUAGAAACUGAAAGAUUUCCACCGCAAUUUCCUGGUGGACCUAAGAGAGCUUUCCACGAAUUGACCACAAAAGACCAAGCUACAUAUCAAAAAAACAGACUUACUGACUAUUGUAAAAAGGCGUAUAAAAAGGCGAAAAUUACUAAAAUGGAAGAAAGAACGCAAAUGAUUUGUCAGAAGGAGAAUUCGUUUUAUGUUGACACUGUGAGAGCAUUUAGAGAUAGAAGAUAUGAAUAUAAAGCAUUAACUAAAGUUGCUAAACGGCAAGUAGCAGCAGCAAUUGCAAAAGGAGAUGCGGCUGAUAUAAAGUCUGCCAAGAAUAGAGAAGUUUUGUACGAUUCUCUUCAGCUUGCUCAUAAAUGUAUUCUCAAUUCUUUCUAUGGUUACGUUAUGAGAAGAGGAGCACGAUGGCAUAGCAUGGAAAUGGGUGGCAUCGUAUGUUACACAGGAGCCCAUAUUAUCAUGAAAGCUAGAGAAAUUAUAGAACAGAUUGGUCGACCAUUGGAAUUAGAUACUGAUGGUAUAUGGUGCAUAUUACCUGCGUCUUUUCCGGAUUCUAUCAUAGUUCAUACUACUUAUGAAAAGAAAUCGAAAUUUACGGUCUCGUAUCCGAAUGCGGUCCUUAAUUUUAUGGUGAAAGAUCAAUUUACUAAUGAAGUAUAUCAUGAACUUGUGAAUAAAGAUAAUUUAACGUACGAAAUCAAAAGUGAAAAUUCUAUAUUUUUUGAAGUUGAUGGACCGUAUUUAGCAAUGGUGUUACCCGCUGCAAAAGAAGAAGGAAAGAAAUUAAAGAAACGAUACGCAGUUUUUAAUUUCGACGGUUCGCUAGCCGAACUAAAAGGAUUUGAAGUAAAAAGAAGAGGUGAAUUGCAACUGAUAAAAAUUUUUCAAGCUUCUGUUUUUGAAUCCUUCUUAAAAGGAAACACAUUGGAAGAAUGUUACGCUUCAGUCGCGAAGGACGCAGAUUAUUGGCUGGAUUUAUUGUACAGUAAAUGUGCAAAUAUGCCUGAUUCCGAAUUGUUCGAACUUAUAUCUGAAAACAAAUCCAUGUCGCGUAAAUUGGAAGAAUAUGGUGCACAGAAGUCCACGUCGAUUUCUACGGCUAAAAGAUUAGCCGAAUUCUUAGGCGAUGAGAUGGUUAAAGAUGCAGGUUUAGCUUGUAGAUAUGUUAUAGCAAAUAAACCGCAAAGCGCACCAGUUACUGAGCGCGCGAUACCAUUGGCUAUUUUUCAAUCAGAACCGGCUGUGCGAAGACAUUACUUGAAAAAAUGGUUGAAGGAUCCUACUUUGUACAGUGAGGAUAUAAGAGAUAUUUUAGAUUGGAACUAUUACAUUGAACGACUCGGGAGCGCUAUUCAAAAAAUAAUCACUAUACCAGCGGCGAUGCAAGGCUUAUCGAAUCCAGUUCCACGAGUGCAGCAUCCACCAUGGUUACAUAAGAAAGUGAUGGAGAAAAGUUCAUCCCAUCGUCAGAAAAAGAUCACAGAUAUAUUUUCUGUAGUAGAUAAAGACAUUUCUCAUGCGAACAGCGCCGAAGAGCCUUGUGAUAUUGAAGACCUCGCAGGACCGUCCACUAGUUUCACGACUCCAAUGUCGAUUGUUAACAAGAGAAAAAGACAGCAUUCAGAUGAAGAUGAGACAAUUAGAGCGAAAAGUUGGAAAGAAGCUCUGGGUUCACCUCCUCCCAUGGGAAAAACGAAAGAAGAGAGGCUUAAAUGGUUGGAGUUUCAUAAGAAAAAGUGGGCUUUCCAGGCUAAACAAAGAAAUCAGCAUCAGAAAAAGAGAAGUAAAACUGACGAAAUCGACGGAAUUGGCUGGGGAGUUAUACGAAAUACAAAUACAUCUACCAUGACUGGCUUUUUAAGACGCGCUCAAAGAAAAUUGUUGGAAACUCCGUGGGAAAUCAUUCAGCUAUCGGAAACCAGUGAACCCGGCAUGUUUCGAUUGUGGAUACUGGUUGACACACAGCUGCAUCAAGUACGUCUCGUAGUACCCCGCAUAUUUUACGUAAACACCCGCAAAGCAAGACCCGAUCCAGGACCUAACGAGCUCUGGAAAAAAAGUUUCAGAUCUUUACCACGCUCUCGCCCGAUAUACAACUUGUAUCAAUAUUCUCUACCAGAAUCUUUAUUUCAAGAGCAUAGUCGAGAGCUCCUGGAAGACUUAAAUAAACCAGAAAUUGAAGGGAUUUACGAGACGCAAAUGUCAUUGGAAUUUCGGGCCAUAUUGCAGUUGGGAUGCGUAUGCAUAGUCGAUCCGCGUGUUAUGCGUAAAGUGGCAGAUGGUGCCGAUACCUUUACUCUGGAUCAAUUGGAGUACAAAAGUAUCGCUUUUCAUCCUUAUCUCAAGCGAACUGAAUCGAUCAACUACAUAUUUCUCUAUCAUCAUUGGAGUUCAAACCGUCAAAGAGCAUUAUGGGGCUUAUUCUUAAGCGCCAGCAGGAGGGCUCACAUAUUCGUCUUAGAUUCAGUCGUUUCUAAUCAACUACCGAACAUGAAUACAUUAUACACGAACGAACGUAAAGCAAUAUUGGAAACAAAUGGCGAAGACAGUAUAAGCGAAUUGCCUGAAAUUAUGCAGUUUAUGAUACAAACUGAAACAAACUUUCAACAUGUGUGUCGUACGUUGCAAACAGCCUUAACGACAUAUAAGAAUGAAAAGCACGGUGCUACAAUUAUUAUUAAUCAAACUGCUCUCGACAAGACUGUGUUAACUACCGAAAUGCCACUUCUCAAUGAUUUCCCUCUUAUCAGCACGCACGUGCGAGACGUUGAGAAUCUGUACAGCACAUUAGAAUGGCAGAAGAUCGGCGCGAAAAUGAUGAUCAGUCACUACCUGAAGAGUCAACAGAUUGUCGAAUUAAUCGCAGAACAAUGCCGAUAUUUCCACGCACCCAUUGGCAACAUACCCGCGGAUACUUCACUCUUUGGCGCCGAUUUAUUCUACGCUAGAAAUUUGUACAGGAAUAAUUUUGUCCUAUGGUGCUCGCCCACGGAGAAACCCGAUUUAGGUGGCAGCGAGAAUGACGAUAACAGGCUACUGACAGACUUUGAGGAAAGUUCGAGCUGCGCUGCGAACAAUCCAGGCACAUAUUCCAGUGUUUGCGUUCAAUUGGAAGUAGAUUAUUUAGCAGUCAGUGCACUGUUGCAAUACAAUCAUAUUCACGAUAUAGAUGGAACUAGUACAUUUGUAGCGUUUCACAAUCAACAGCGUCCAUCCAUCCAGGACAUGGCAAUGGGUAGUGAUGCUGCAACAGUUAUUCCCAGCUACGACGAAAUCACUUUAUGCAAUCCAUCAUUUAAAAUAUUGCGAAACAUGGUAAACACAUGGUUGCUGGAUGUAUCUUUAUAUAAAAAUACAUUCGCGGAUUAUCAAUUGAUCCAUUUCUAUCGAUGGCUGAGGUCUUCAAACGCUUUGCUUUAUGAUCCUGCUCUCCGCCGUACUUUACAUACUUAUAUGAAAAAAUUAUAUAUACAGUUAAUAGCACAAUUCAAAACGUUAGGUUGUAUUAUAGUUUUUGCAAACUUUAAUAAGAUUAUUGUAUGCACAAAGAAAAGAUCUGUGAGCGAUGCUUUAGGCUAUAUAGAGUUUGUUGUUCAAACUAUACAAAACAAAGAACUGUUUCACAGUAUUGAUAUUUCUUGUGAACAAUGUUGGGAAUACCUAGUAUGGCUUGACUUGCACAAUCAUGCUGGUAUUAAAGGACAGUCACCUAAAGAUGAUACGGGAGAUGAGAACACUGAAAAUGAUGACGAUGACACGCUUCUAAUCAUGAAUUGGAGUUUGAUGGAAUGCCUGCCUACAGAAGCAGGAUGUCAAGCAAGUUUUAAUGCUGUAGUAGCAGGAUAUAUACGUGCAGUAUAUCAGUGUAUGAUUGAGAAUGAAACUAAUAACACUAUAAGGCCAAGAAGAAGACAAAGCCAAAGCCAAUCGUUUAUAGCACCACUUGGUUUAGGUGCAUUGGAAAAUACAGCCGAGUUUGCAAAAAAAUUGAUAUCAGGAGAAAUAUCUCAAAGAUUAUUCAAAAUAGCUCAAAAGAUACAUCGGAACUUGACAGAAAAAACAUUAACUCUCGAGGAAUAUCCUAAUUUGAAUAUGAAUGGAAAAGAAAGUAUAAAAAUCAACCCUGCACUUGAAUUAAUCAAAGCAGUAUGCAAGGUUUUAUCUCUGGAUAAAGAGAUGGAGCAUGAAGUUUAUAACUUAAAAACAAAUCUUUUACGAUUAAUUGGAGUCGGUAGUUAUAGCGAUAAUGUUGAAUGGAAGGAACCGUGUAUUUCUCUUGUUUUACCACAAGUUAUAUGCAAAGUAUGCAAUCGCACGAGAGAUAUUGAUCUUUGUAAAGAUGAAUAUUUUACCAAUGAAAAUAACAAAUUCAUGUGGAAAUGUCCUAACUGUGAUGCAUCUUACGACAAUACAGAAAUAGAAUUUUCACUAAUUGACAAAUUGAAUCGUAAAAGUAUGGCUUACGUAUUACAAGAUCUACAAUGCCGAAAGUGUAAGGAAAUCAAACGAGACAACAUGAAUUUGUUAUGUUCUUGCUCAGGCGAAUAUGAUAAUUUAAUUUCACGAGAUGAAGUCACAAGCUAUGUAAAUAUAUGUAAAUCUAUAGCCACGAAAUGUAAAAUGAAUAUUUUAGCAGAGAUAGUAGAUAACACGAAACUUUUUACGAGUUAGUAACUAAAUCAAAGUUUUCUCCCUUUAUGAUAAUUUAUCACUAAAUUUAUUAAUUUGUUUUGUUUUUGACUGUUUAGGUUAAAAAAAA